AUGAAGCUCAUCAGUGCCUCGUCUGUCGUGGUGGCUGCCACCGUCAUCUCGGCCGCCAACGCUGCUGCUUUUCCCUCUCUGCCCAGCAUCCCGGAGAGCUGCUUGGAGAUCCCCAAGGUCCUGGGCAACAAGCCUUUGCAGCUCCUGCAGUACUUCCACAAGGAAGUAUGUGAGCAGAAUUGCACCGCCACGAUCAACCAGCACAACGCCUACGUCCAAAAUAAGGUCCUCCCGCAGCUCAUCCAGGACGUGGAUCAGAAGCUGGGUAUCUCUGCCACUGAGCAGGCGCAAUUCAAGCAGCUCCACACCCAGGCCGUUGCCGCCGUCGAGAAGAGCUGCUCCGCCAAGGGCAACAAGCCCCUCUGCAACGAUAUCCAGGGGCUGGUCGAUUAUGGUUUCUGUGCCUUCCAGGCCACUGAACCUAUCUUCAAGAGCCACCUCAGUCAGUUGCAAUCUGGCUCCCUCAACAUUACCGAGGCCAAAUGUGAGAAGAUCAAGGAGCUUGACUCGGACGCCACCGUCUGGCAGAAGCUUCUUCCGAGUUACAUUGACACCUUCGCCAAGGAGUGUGCGAGUGAGAAAUAG